UCCACCGACAAGUCGACCGGACUGACCGCUUCUCCUUCUUCUUCGCCGCCGGAGCUCACGGCAGCACCGCGGCACCACGGAGCUCCUCCCCGGCCUGAAGGGCCGCGACGAGCCGCGGACAGGACGCGGAGCCGCGCCGCUUCUCCUCCGGACGGUGAUGGAUGUUCCGGUGCUGACCGAAAGACCAGCCGCCCGGUGGACUCCGCGGACCGGUAGCGGGGACCUGUGAGCGCCGAGGGUGUUUCUGCUGAAUUCCGUGUUUUUCUCCACAAUGUCACCACCAAGGAGACGCUGAGCUCCGGUUCCGCUCGUCAGCUGUUCCGUUAACGGUCGCUCCGGUAUGAGCAGCACCGGACCUGCCCGUCACAUCUGACCGGGCUGUGAGGGGGUGGCGGCGGGCUGCUGCUGCUGCUGCCGCCGCCGGGGACACGGACAGGACCCGUGGAUGAGAACCGGUGACGGGGCCGGACGGUGCGCGGAGGGACGCCGGUCGGAGCGGAGGAGGAGGCGGGAGGAGCAGCGGCGGGGAACCGAACCGACGAGCACAUCCCCGGAGGGAGAGACGAUGUGAAGAUGGGUUUAGUCUUCGGUCUCCUGUGGCUCUUUACCGGCGUCCUGCGGUGCGUGCACGGCCAGGGCGUGUACGCGCCCCCCUCAGUGCGGAUCGUUCACUCCGGUCAGACCUGCAGUGUGGAGGAGGAACGAUACAGCGAGAGAGUUUACACCAUCAGAGAGGGAGAGACUCUGGAGCUGCAGUGUCUGGUCACCGGACACCCACGGCCUCAGAUCCGUUGGACGAAGACGGCCGGCGGCGCUUCGGACCGUCAGGGCGACUCGUCUCUGCACAACGACACUCUGAAGAUCGAGACCAUCAGCCGGCACCAGGGAGGACGGUACUACUGCAAGGCCGACAACGGGCUGGGAUCCCCGGCCAUCCGCUCCAUCCGGGUCGACGUCUACUACCUGGAUGAUCCGGUCAUCACCGUCCAUCAGAGCGUCGGAGAGUCGAAGGAGCAGUUCUACUUCGAGAGGACGGUGUUCCUUCGCUGCGUGGCCAACUCCAACCCACCUGUCCACUACACCUGGAGGAGGGGGAGGGAGGUUCUGUCUCAGGGCUCCGACUCCGGGGUGGAGAUCUACGAGCCCUUCUUCACCCAGGGAGAGACGAAGAUCCUGAAGCUGAAGAAUUUGCGCCCGCAGGAUUACGCCGACUACACCUGCAUCUCCUCCGUCAGAAACGUCUGCGGCAUCGGAGAUAAAAGCGCCAGAUUCAAUCUGAACAACAGAACAGCUCCUCCCUCCAUCAAACUGCUCCUGGACGACCCCCUGGUGGUGAAUAUAGGAGAAACCAUCACACUGGUCUGUGUGGCGUCCGGCGGCGACCCCCCUCCCAGCCUCAGCUGGGUGAGGCCGGGGGGGGAGCUUCCCAGGAGGAGCCUGUUGAAGGGCGGGACCCUGACCAUCCCCGCCGUCACCGUGGACGACGGCGGUGCCUACAGCUGCGUGGCGUCCAACAACGUGGGAAACCCGGCCAAGAAGUCCAGCACCAUCCUGGUCCGAGGUCUCCGUAAAGGUCGUUUCUGGAUAACUCCCGACCCGUACCACAACGACGACAACAUCCAGAUCGGCCGUGAGGUGAAGAUCAGCUGCCAGGUGGAGGCGACGCCACCGGAGGAGCUUCAGUUCAGCUGGCUGAAGAACGGAAGACCUCUGAAGAGCUCCGAGAGGAUGGUCAUCACCCACACCGACACCGAGGUCUCACCGGGAACCACCAACCUCGACAUCAUCGACCUCAAGUUCACCGACUUCGGAACCUACACCUGCGUGGCGGCGCUGAGGAACGGAGGAACCCCCGAGAUCAGCAUCGACGUCAACAUCUCCUCCACCACAGUUCCUCCGGAGCUCACCGUCCCUAGGGGGCGCUCUCACCUCAUCGCUCAGGAGGGCGACACCGUGGAUCUACAGUGUCUGGUCUCAGGGAAACCCAAACCCAUCAUCCUGUGGUCCCGGGUGGAGGAGAGCGGUUCGGCAGUGGCGGCGGUGCUGCUGAUGCCUGACGGUUCGGCUCAGAUGGAAAGUUACGACGGAGUUCUGAGGAUCACCAACGUGAGCCGGGACAUGAGCGGAACCUACCGAUGCCAAACUAGCCAGUACAACGGCUUCAACGUGAAGCCACGAGAGGCGCUGAUCCAGCUAGUGGUGCAGUUUCCUCCGGUCGUGGAGCCGGUGUACACGGAGAUCCGUCAGGCACUCGGCCGGGCGUUCAGCCUCACCUGCCGCCUGCUGCGAGCUCAUCCUGCUCGACUCCUAAGAUAUGAGUGGAAACUCGGCACUCGGCUGCUGACCGUCGGACAGUUCAGCGACCAGAAGGAUGACACGAACUACCACGUGAGAGCUCUGAACCGGGAAGGAUAUGGCGAGUACACCUGUGAUAUCACCAAUGAGGCGGGAGCGGGGCGCUGCACCUUCCUUGUCACAGGUAAGGCCUACGCUCCAGAGUUCUACUACGACACCUACAGCGCUCUGUGGCAGAACCGGCCUCGAGUUUACGGCUUCAAGCUGCAGUGGACCCAGAUGGAGCCCAACGCUGUGGACCGAAUCCUGGCCUACAGACUGGGCAUUCGGCAGAUGAGUCAGUCUCGCUGGUGGGAGCAGGAGAUUCCAAUGGAGGGAACCAUCCAGAAGGGGGAGCUGUUGACCUACAACCUGACGGAGCUGGUCAAACCUGAGUCCUACCUGGUCCGCCUCACACCCAUCACCCGCUACGGCGAGGGCGACGCCACCGAACGCAUCAUCACCUACAGCGCUCCUGUUAACCCACAUCUCAGGGAGUUCCAGUGUGGCUUCGAGGACGAGGCGUUGUGUUUGUUCUCUCAGGACAAAACCGAUGAGUUCGACUGGACUCGUCACAGCGCCGCCACACGGGACACGAAAUACACCCCGAACACGGGACCGAGCUCGGACCACACCGGCUCCAAGCAGGGGUUCUACAUGUACAUCGAGACAUCCAGGCCCCGGUUGGACGGAGACAAAGCUCGUCUUCUGUCUCCGACCUUCAACAUGAACGCUAAGAGCUCCAGCAGCGGGCCGUCCUACUGCUUCUCCUUCUACUACCACAUGUACGGGAAGCACAUAGGAGCGCUGAACGUUUUCCUGCGACAGAAAGGCCAGACAGUGACAGACACUUCGGUCUGGAGUCUGACCGGUAACCAAGGAGACCGCUGGAGGCAGGCCAAGGUCAACAUCCAGCCAACCACAGCCUUCCAGAUGGUGAUGGAAGGUGUCCGAGGUGCCGGAAUCGAAGGAGACAUCGCCAUCGAUGACGUCACCAUCGAGGAGGGGAAAUGUAAAGACCCGCCCCCCAACAACCUACGGUCGCUCGCCCCGCCCUCGUCGCCCCAUAUAUGGCAGCUCUGCAUCACUUUGAGUCUGGCUCUGAUUGGCCGGCAGAGGUGACCCCGCCCCCCUCUACAGGACGCCACGAUCUCUGACUCUCUUCCCCCUCCCCCUCCCUCUUCAUCAUCAUCAUCAUCACCAUCACUUUUAACCCCUCGACUACCAAAGAUCCGGUCCGAGCUGCAGGUUUGUUGUUUCUCUGAAGGAUUCUGGGAGUUCAGCGAUGAUGUAAUGAGCAGAUCGAGUGCUGAUUGGCUGACAGGUUGAAGAAGGAAGUGGAAAGGUUCAUCUCAGUAACAUUUGAAGCUCCAGGACUCAAACCUUCAGUGUUUUCUGCCGGAAAAAUUAAAAAUAACAACAGCAGCUACAGGCCAGGACUGAGAUUACAGCCUACAGUAAUCAGAUUACUUUUACCAGAGUAUUUACUCUGAUGUCAAACAACAAACUAUAAGUUUAGGUUCACUAUAAUAAAAAAUACACUGUAAAAAACAUGUUUUUAACAGAUAAUUACCAAAAAACUUCUAAUAAAGAGAAAUUAUUUAAGCUGUAAUGAAACAAACAGUAAUUUGUUCUUUUCUGUAAAAUGACACCAUUUUUACUUUAUUAAAUUAGGAAAAUGCAAUAUUUUAACAUAUAUUUUCCCAUAAUCAGAUUAGAUCAUUUUUUUAACUGUUAUUUUACAUAUUUUUACAGUUUGUUGUUUUUAAUUGGAGAACAUCUCUUUUAAAACCACAAACUUCUUUUAAAAAUGUACACGUUGACCCCCAAAAAACAGUUUAAAUAAUAUGCACAUCAAAAAUCUGUAUUAUUAUUUAAAAAAAACACAGCAGAUGAACAUGAAAUUAUUCAGGUUUACUGUAUUUAAAUAUGCGAAAAAUAUCAUUAUUUUACAGAUAUUUGCUGCUGUUUUCAUGGUUUUUCCAGUUGUUAUGGUUUCAUUCUUCCACAGUUUGUUUUUCUGCCGUCUUGCUGCUGGAUUUUUUUUUUUAAACAGGGAAAAUCUGUAUAAUAACAACUGAAAAAUUCUCAGUUUUUCAGAUUUAAAGUAAAUAACAUGGUGUAAUUUUACACUCAAACUUGACAAAAGCACUAAUUAGUUUUUCAGUUUUGGCCAAAAAACUGUUCAAGUAAUCCAAUUAUCUCGAUUGGACUUUUUAUUUUUGCACAUUUUUUAUACUCUUUCUUCUGAAACUCUGACAUCCUGCUGCUCUGGCUGUCCCUGAACACAUCACUGGGAAAAACCCUCUAUUGACAAUCUCAAAAUUUUAAAUAAUUUCAUUUCAUUUCUUCUCAAAAGUUUGUCUUAAAAAUGAUGAUUUUCAUUUGAGGAGUCACAAUUUCAAGCUUAGAUUUUUUUGAUUUAAUCAUUUCACCUGAAUUUAUAAUUUUGACAUAAAUAAUAAGUUUUCAUUUUGACUUAUUUUCCAAUAAUAUCGACUUAAUUUAGAAUUAUUAGACUUUAAGGAACAGAUUUCUGUUCAGAAAUGAGUCAUUUUUGUCUUAUUUUUUAAUUUUGGCUUCAUUUUGAUGUUAUUUUCGUCUGACUUAAAAAGUAAUAACUUUUUAUUUCAUACAUAACAGCUGGUAUGACUUUAUCAUUAUUUUGUCUUAAAAUGUCACUUAGCACAUUUUCUCAUAUUUCCGAUUAAUUUGGUCAUUAUUUUGAUCAGAAAAUGCCAGUUUUUGCUUAUUUGCAUAGUUUUGGCUUCAGCUCCGACUGUCCUUGAACGCAUCACCAGGACGUUAAUUUUGAUUUUCCAUCUUCAGCUUCAGUUUCCACUAAAACUCUUUGACUAUUCAGACUCAGAGUGUUUAUAAAACAGGAGAAAACAGUUUGAAUGUCGACCUCCAUCCUCCAUCCUCCAUCCUCCAUCCUCCAUCCUCCAUCCUUCAUCCUCCAUCCUCCAUCCUCCAUCCUUCAUCCUCCAUCCUCCAUCCUCCAUCCUCCAUCCUCCAUCCUCCAUCCUCCAUCCUUCAUCCUCCAUCCUCCAUCCUUCAUCCUCCAUCCUCCAUCCUCCAUCCUCCAUCCUCCAUCCUCCAUCCUUCAUCCUCCAUCCUCCAUCCUCCAUCCUUCAUCCUCCAUCCUCCAUCCUCCAUCCUCCAUCCUCCAUCCUUCAUCCUCCAUCCUUCAUCCUCCAUCCUCCAUCCUCCAUCCUUCAUCCUCCAUCCUCCAUCCUUCAUCCUCCAUCCUCCAUCCUCCUCCUCACUGCCUCCACAGAUCAGCUGUACUGUAUCGGGACGUGGACGGAUUUUAAACGUACUUUGACGUAGGUCUGUCCGUCUGAGGAGGAGAGUUCGGCCUCUGCCACGACAUCAAGUGCCUUCAGACUCGGAGGGAAACAGAACUUUUGGGCCGAGGAACCGAGAAGAACCGGCGGGAAAAUCGAGCAGUUUGAAUAUGCAGAGAAACACUUUCCUACUUUUACUUUUUUCUUUUUGUUUUGAGACGAAAACAUCGUUGGACAGCGUUUAAAUGAAAAAAAACAUCAAUGAAGAAGAAGAAGAAGAAGAAGCCAUGGACACAGACUGAAGCUCUCAGAUUCGUUUAAAGACUAAGAAUCUGGAUGCUGGACUUGAACUGAAGCGUUUGGUGUGUCAGAACUAUUUUAAUAUUUAAACUCCGAGACCAUCAGUUACCUUAAAACAGCUUCUGGAGCGACAAGGAGAAACGAAAUGUAAAAUCAAAUCUUCUAUUGUUCCUAUGAUAUCCUAAAGACCGAGGGGGGGGGAACGUCCUUUAAACUCCAUCCUUUAUUCUCUUAGUUCAGUUCAUAUCGGUUUCAGUUCCAGGAUUUGUGGGAAAAAAGUCUUUUAACAGAGUUUGAUAAACGUCACGCUGGGAAAAUAUUUCUAUUAAAGGAACCGUUUGAAGAACAAAAAGCACAAAAACACCAUUUAGUUCCUCCCAUGUACGGAAACACCUGUAGGACAAAUUUACUGAUUCAUCACCUUCACGUCAUACAGGUAUGGAAGCCCAUUUGUGCCAAGAAGAGAAAAAAUAUUGAAAAAGUUACAUUUUUUUUACAUAAACUCUCAAGUUAGCAUAAUAAAUAAUAAAAAUACAUGAUAAAUAAUGAAACUACUCCCCUUCAGUUACAAAUGAAGCCUUUGAGAAUUUUAGUAAAUCAGAAAAUAUGAAGUUUAACUGACUUCUGAUGUAAAAAUUAGGAUAUUGAUUGAAGAAAUCACACAUUUUUACAAACAUUUUUAGAAUCUUGGUUUCAUUUUGUCCUUAUUUUGUCUUAAAAGUAACUGGUUGUGCUUUUUGCUUUAAUAAUAUUAUUUUAAAAGUACUAACGUUUACUAACUAUAGUAUAGUUGGCUUGAUAACGUUCUUCUUUUUUUAGCUCACGUAUUAAGUUGGAAUUUUCACAGUUACAUAAUCAUGCAGCCAAGGAAUAAAUAUCUACUGACAAUCUCAAAAGUUUUACUGAUUUAAUUUGUCAUAGAUUUGAGUUACUCUCAAAUUUUGUCUUAAAAAUAAUUUUUCUUUGAAGAAGUCACAAUUUUGAAUUCACGUUUUACCUAAAUGCAUUAUUUUGGCCUCAAUAAUGAGUCAUAAUUUUGAGCUAUUAUUCCAUUAUGUUGACUUAAUUUAUAAUCAUGAUGAAUUUAAAAAAAAACACAUUUUAAUUUAGUUGUAUUAUUUUGUUUAGAAAUUAAUCAUUUCUGCUUUAUUUUUAUAAUUUUGUCUUAAUUUUAUCGUUAUUUUUGUCUUAUUUUAAUGGUAGGAUUUAAAAAGUGCUAGCUCUUUACAUCAUACAUCAUAGCUGGCUUAAGUUUAUCAUUAUGUUGUCUUAAAAUGUCAUAAUUAUGUCAUUAACUCAUGUUGUUGGUUUAUUAUUUUGAUAAGAAAACUGCCAAUGUCUCACUUGUUUUUAGUUUAGAAAUUUUAGUCAUUUAGUCACUAUAUUUUGACAUGAAUAUGACUCAUUUAGAGUUCUGCUACAAUAAUUUAAUUUAACAUUUCUAACCUGUUUUCAUAAAAACUGAUUUGAUAUUCUCAUUAUUCUGUCUUAAAAAUAAUUUAUUUCCACUUGUAAUCUUGACAUAUUUCCUCCUAUUUUUUGCUUAGUUCCUCAUUUUCACGAUUCACUUCAAAGACUAUUCAGAAAAUAACUGAUUUCUGUCAUUUUAAAGCAAAUUUCUUGUUAUUAUUAUGGUUAUUACCAAUGAGAGACUCUUCAAACUUCAGCAUCUUUGAUUUGCUUUAUUUUGUAGCUUGUUAUUAGGCAUGAAUGGGCUUCCGUACCUCAGCUGGCACACAUGCUGUCACGGUAAAACCACGUAAACUGCCAUUUUAAACCUCGUGGUUUCACAACAUCUGAAAAUGAAACAGAAUUAUUCUGCAGCUCCUGCGACACGACGAGUUUCUGAGCGAAUCGAUCGACACGCCGACGACAUCUGGAGCUGCAGCGACGCGAUUUUAUACGAUUCACGGUUUAUCUUUCCCUGGAAAACAACACGUUUCUUCUCGGUUUUCUUUCCUGAUGCAGUAAAACGGCCUGAUUUCCAUCUCAGCCGCUGUCUCUGAUGAAACCAGGAGCGAUUCCUCUGAUAUCUGUAGCUCCUCUUUGGUGUUUUGUUGAUUCCUUCUCUCCUCCCGUCGAGUUUUUCCGCUGCAGAUGAAGAGCUGAUUGUUCUGCAGCUCCUCUGGGUGUCACUUUAUCCUCGGCUGCAUCGUUAUCACAUUAACUCCACACGAGAAGCACCGUUUGGCUUUACGGGUUUAUUUUUUAUUUUUUGCAAAUGUUUUGAAAAGUGUCCAGAUUCCGGCUGAUUAAAAUCCUGCAGCACAAAUAAGCCUCAUUUAAUCCCGUUCUGCUGAUUCAAACGUAUUCUAAAUGUGCGCUGAAGCCUGGAGAAGAAAGUAAAAACAGAUUUACACGUUUACUUCUUAUGAGAAAAAAAAUCUAAAGCUUAAUGAAGCCACAACUCACUGAACACUGAAAGAUCAGUCAGGAACAUUAAGCUCAGGAAUGCUAAGCAAAGAUGUCUAAGAAUGACUUUAAAGAUGAAUAAUUCUUGAAAGACAGACACUAAAUCCAUUCUUUUUUACUGUAUUUGUACUCUGCUUAAAAAUCAAAGAUUCAAAGUUAAUUUUUCCGCUGAAUCAUAGAGAAUUAAAUUUAAAAAACUGUAAAUGUAAAGUUUGCUAACAGGCUAUUCCGGUAUGCAGACGAUGCAGCUUUAUUUCUGUUGAAUCUGUACAAGCAUUUUCCUUCUGUAAUAAAAAAUAUGAACCAUUUUCUGGAUAUGAAAGGAACAAAAUGCAAUUAAUCUGAAAUAAUCUGACAGAUUUUACUGUCCUGUUGAAACAUGAUUUAAUAAUUCACUUAAAUAUACAAACAAUGUCUGAAGUUAGACGAUUAUUACUAAUUAUUAUUAGAAACAGCAUUUAUAUUUAGAACAUUUUAUCUACAAACAAAUACAACUCAGCAAAUAUGAGCACAGAAAAUGAAAUUACACUAAAAUAAGACAAAUAAGACAAAAUAUAAUUAAUCAGCAAUUAAGCAGUUACAGGAUAAGUGAUACUUAAAAUACAUCCGUUAUUAAAGUACCGGCUUUUUGAGGAUUCGUGCGUGUUUUAAAGCAGACUUUGGUGCCAUUUUGUUUUAGAAAACCACAUAUUUAACAAAUUUUUUGAAAUAAUGCGACAUCUGCAGUGGAGAAACUCGUCGCGGUUUAUUUCCUGAGCUCUGAUCUCUGUGUGUCUGUUGUAGGAUUAUUUUUUGGGGGGAAUAAAUAAAUAAAUGUAAAGUUUUAAAGAAGAAGCCACCAACACGACUCUGUGGAAGAAGAUAUUUUUAUAACUGUGAUUAUUCUCUGCAAUACGUUCUCAGAUCAGUGGGACUGACUGACGGCUACACUGCAUUCUGGUUAUUAUCAUUAAUUAUUAUUAUAUUAAUAAAUACACUGCAAAUGUAACUUUUAA